CUAACUUCGAUUGGCUGCGAAACGCAGUUAAGAUAAUCUAAAAGCCACUUGUUGCUAGAUCGAUGUUUAAAGACUAAAUCUUAAAAGAUGAAAUUUUAUCCAUCUUGAGUUUUUAGUAGGUAUUCAUCCAAUAUUCUUGAAGCUUGUCCUGUUUAACCUUUACAAGUUUACUGAUAUAGCGAAAUACAUGUAUGAAAUACAUCAGCCAAGUUCGCAACAAGAAAAUAAAUCUACAUACAUAACGUAGAAAUAAACAGUGUGGAGGAAACGCGUGUCACCGACACAGUAAAGAAACCGUACUUUUAUUUACACUUUUCCGCGAUUAAGACUAAUCUCCUUAAGACUAAUAUGUAUCGGGAAACUGGCAACUUGACGAAUUAAUAAAUAAGAACGGAAACACGCGAAAACGUUGCUUUGAAUCUAUGUAUGUAGUUGUUUGCACAGCCAUACAGACUUGGUCUAAAAUGGUCACGGGCGAACGAACGUUGAUUGAAGAUAAAUGCGCGUUGAUAGAUAACAGAGCUGAUACACCGCCAUCAUCGGUUCAACACACAAUUUCAAUAUCGUAAUCUUGCAGAGUGGCCGCGAAACAUGAUAAUUAAUCUUUGUUCCACUUUUUAAAGUAACUCGACAACGAUAAGUGAUCCUAAUUGAAAUACAGUAAAAUCGUAUUCUCUGUACCGACUCGGAUAUUCGCACUCAUCGAAGUUCACACUCUUGAACGAUUUCCACCGCGUAUAAUCCUCCGCGAUCGAUUUUCCAUAGAUCAGGAAAUGGGAUUUUUGUGUCGUGUCUCUGACGAGAUUGUUCCGUAAAUGACGCGUAUCUACGGUACAGCGGAUGUGUAUUCGAAUAGAUCGAAAUAGACGCGGUAUAACGUUUUUAGGGUAAACAGUGAAAGCAUCGAUUCUCACGUAUUUAUUGUUAGUUGAUGUUCGGACCGAGGCGGGGGACAGUCGAGCACAAGACUUUUUUUACCGGGCUAAUAGCCGAAGAGGUAGUUUGUUAUGUGGCGGAUCGUAGGAUCUAUAAUAUGCGGGGCAGCGUAUUAGUAUUUCUGUUGGUAUGGAUAUUUUCGAUAGAAGAAGGACUCUGUGGGAAAUUGGAGCGGGUCGCUCAACGACCAAACAACGUUCUCGACGAUUAUUACGCCUACCGCCACAUUUCGAUCGUCCACUUCAACGUACCAGACUGCACUGUCGCGGCAGCAUUCAAGUUUACUGUAAAAGAAGAGAAAACUGGAGGAAUAGGUAGAUGCUCGUCGCGAAAUGUCUCCCUGUUUUUGAAGUCUGGCAGCUUGCCGUUCGUCCGUCCGGAUGGUGCCAAGAUAGCCGCGAAACUAAUGAAAGGAAGACGUCGAUACUAUUCUCUAAAUAUGGAAAGCAACGGCGAUGAGUAUAUGAUUAAAAUCGAGGCACCCUCGCCGGGUGAUUGGUACGCGAUUGCUUUCCGGUCUUGGACGGAUCCUGACAACGGCAAAAUAACUCAACAAGGUCUUGGCGCGUCUUGCGACACGGUACUGGACGCUGAAUUACUCUUAGAAUCGGCGUCGAUAGUGUCCUUGAUGGAUCGAAAAUUCAAGUACGAGGUUCAUAUGAACGAAACCGUGGAUUCCGCCGUGAUGCAGUUACUCAUUUCCGACGAGUUUCUCGACUCUAGUCUAUCGUUGAAGUCGAGCUGUGGCGAAGAGUGCAAGAUCGCGGUUCACGUAACCGCGGAGGAUCAUCUCGCGGGGAUGAUUGUCAAUACCACGAACGCUACCGUCUUCUUCAAGCCUUACUCCGAUGCUUCUCACUACGUGACUCUUCGUUUGCUCUCAGGCGAAUCGUCGAACGUGUCGUUGCAGUUGACCGACAGUUAUUCCGUCGAGGCGGGCCAAGUGAAGUCGGUGAAUUUGAUGAGGAAAUCGUUGCCCAACUUCUUCCUCUUCGAUUACGAACAUUUCAGAGAGAACGGCACCAAGCCGUCGGCGUUCAAUCUUACCGCAGAUAUUCUGUCCGUCCUUAGCUUCGAAAUUGGUCGAGUGUACGAUGUCGGUGGAACGCUGACUCUAGGCUUCAAACUGGUCGACGUUCCGGAGAACGAGAAGAAGAGUAUCGUUGUCGUCGCAUGCGUUUCCUUAGGUUAUUACUCAAACAUCACUGCCGGUGGAGGAUGUGCGCGUACGGAGAAUACAACCGCGGCAGACAUUUACGUAAAUUCCACAGGACCAGCCGUCCUCCACGUUCCAUUUCCGGAGCCGGGUAUCUGGCAUGUAAGCUUGAGAGCGUUCUGUGCCGAGGAAAGUUGCCAGUGUAUCGCGAGUUGUCUGAACGGUACUGCAUGCGAGGAUUGCGAUUGCAUGAGUCCCUGCGAUGCCAGAGUCGAGAGCCGUGUCUCUUCUUUGCCGUGUAUCGACGGCCGGUGCAAUUCCCACGGCAAGUGCAUGCACUACAUGAGCGGAGGGUUCGUGUUUGCCGCGUGUCAUUGUUCUGGCGCGUACCGAGGCUUCGAUUGUGCCGAUGACACUUACGUUCUCGGCAACAGUGACUUGAUCGUCCGCGUGAUACUGCUCACCUUUAGCAAUCUAGCAUUCGUUGGAUCGAUUUAUGUAGCGGUGCGUAGAGAAUACUUUACAGAGGCGAUCGUUUACGCGGCCGUCAUGUUCUUUUCAACCUUCUACCAUGCCUGCGAAGCCGGCGAGGACGUUUACAGCGUGUGUAUCAUGAGAUUGAGCGUCUUGCAAUUCUGCGACUUUUUCAACGCACUUUUGUCGAUCUGGGUCACAUUGGUGGCGAUGGCCUCGUUCGGACCGAAACUCACCGCCUUCUGUCAGAUAGCCGGGGCCGUUAUCCUCGCCAUGAGCGCCGAAAUGGACCGUACCGCUCUCUGGGUCUUUCUUUUGCCCGCCAUUACGGGCUCCGUUUUGAUCGGGCUUUCGUGGGGCGUUAGAUGUAAGAGGAGAGCCACUGUUCGUUAUCCUUCGCGUCCUUACAGGUAUGUAAUUAGUUUGCUUUCGAGUAGACACGGCGGCCAGACUCGUGCAUACGUAAUCUCUUAUCCGAAACUGUUGCUUUCAAUUUCAAGUCUGAAAGAACACGAGGAAUCUUCACUUUUUUUACGCACGGACGAGAUCUCUUCUCGCGCCUUUCAAAACUUGCGACCUUUUUUCGCAAAACGUUUUUCUCUUUUAAACAUUUUAGAUAAGAGAUCGUAUGUAUGUAUGUAUGUAUGUAUGUAUGUAUGUACAUAUAAAUAAAGGGCGAACCAAUCGGUUCUCCUACAAGUAGUAUUAAAAAUACUACCGAUGUUACUUGCAGUUGGUUCGCUCUCGAAAAAUAUCCAUGUAUUUUUGUCCGUUGGUGCAUCA